UAUUCAGUUCCCAGAUAUGUCCAUAUUCUAUAAUCUAUCAAAAUUGCUUCCGCUCCUCUUCGUGAACAUUGUGCUUUGUAUGGCAGCUUGUAAUAAUGUAGAUUAUGAAAUUAAUGGAGAGUGUUGCCCAAAGUGUGAUUCAGGAAAGCGAGUUUAUAAACACUGUGAUGAGUUCACAAGCACAACAUGUGAUUCAUGUCGCAUCAGGACUUACACUAAUGCUCCUAAUGGAUUUACAGAGUGUCUGCCCUGUUCUGUGUGUGAUACCAGUGAUGGAGUGAGAGUAAAGCAGGCAUGUACAGUAACAUCAGACACAGUGUGUGGACCUCUUCCUGGUUAUUACUGUAUAGACUCACUCUAUAACUGUAAAAGAGCCAAGAAACAUUCAUCCUGCUCACCUGGACAAUACAUCAACCAAACCGGAACACAGUUCAGAGAUACAGUGUGUGAUGACUGUCCUGCUGGUUCAUAUUCAAAUGGUACUUUCUGCAUAUUGCAUAAUUCGAAUUUUUGUAAAAAAAAAUUAAUAAGCAAAAUAGUAGAUUAAAUCGAGUUACAACCUAAGAUUUGGACCGGCAAACUUUGUUUUUAAUGAUGUAAUGUUUGUAAAUAGUAAUUACUGUUUCUACUGUAUUUUUUUAACUUUUAAUGACCACCAAAAUCAAGCUGGUCCUCUGACCUAGUUAUUACUCUCUUGGCAAACUUUUAUAGAUUAAACUUGUAUAAAUGCCAGGCAAAAGUUUCAUAGAUCCCUCAGCAGAUAUUUUAUCAAAGAUUCAAUUUGAAAGAGAUUGAAAAACCUGAGAGGAGAGUAUUGUAAAAGUAAGCAUUGUCUAAAAUAAUUGGAGAUUUUGCUAUUACAGUGAACACAUUUGUUUCUGUAAUUAACCUCGAUGUUCAUCAAAACUGUUCUUUUUGUUCACAAAAGGAAACUAUAUUGCAUGCAUUUAUAAAGUGUUCUAGACUGACACCCUUUUUUUUUUUUAAAAAAAACAUUUCUAAUUGCUUUAAUGAGUGUUGUUCAAUGAAGGUGUUUAUUUGUGUUUUUAAAUAUUAAGGAUCAGUGUCUGGCAAAUCCAGAAUAGAUUUUAAUUAUUGUUAUACAGUAUGUAUUAGUAAUGAAUGCUCUUGCAAAGUUUGAAUUGAUUUGGUGUGUUAAAGGGGCUUUAUGUGAGAUUUUUAUUGAUUAAUUAUUUCCCUUAUCUAAAUUUUUGUAUAUUGCUUGAUUAAUGUUGGAUUCAACUUGUAGCUGUUGUAUAUUGUA